GAAAAAAAAAACAGAAAAAGAAAAAGAAGAAGAAGCAGUGGAAGUAGGAGUACGCUGACCAGCCAGAAAUCGCUGACUAGUCUUUCUCUCUCCUCUUUCUUCGCCAUUUUCAGGCAAACUUCCUUCUCGUUGCUGCUGCUGCCUCCCCUCUCUCUCUCUCUCUAUUUUGUCUCUCCUCCCUACAAAUCCUUCUUCAACUUUCAACUUCACUUUCUCUCUCCUCCGUUUUUUCUCACUGCAAUUUCUCCGAUCUUUUUCUGCUACUCGUUUUUCACCGCCGCCGGAGUAGGAUUCCGGCGUAAUAAUUCUCUCCUUUUAUUUGGUGAUUGGAAGUGAAUUGAAGACGUAAGAGGGUUAAACGACGAGGUUUUUGGUGGAUGAAAUUAGUUGGGCUAUGUGUAGAGUACAUGUUAAGUAUUUUGUAGCUGUUUGCUCCAUUGAGAAGAUCCAGAGCUAAAUGGAACAAGGGGUAUGCACUGUUUGGGUUCCUCUGUGUUUGAUUUUGCUGUUUAGUUACUUUCGCUACGCCUCUGCGAAUGCUGAAGGCGAUGCUUUAAAUGCACUCAAGACCAGCUUGGCUGAUCCUAAUGGUGUACUGCAAAGUUGGGAUCCUACCCUUGUAAAUCCCUGCACAUGGUUUCAUGUUACCUGCAACAGUGAGAACAGCGUUACCAGAGUUGAUCUUGGAAACGCUAAUUUAACUGGUGAACUUGUUACACAACUUGGUCAGCUUCCAAAUCUUCAGUACUUGGAGCUUUACAGCAAUAACAUAAGUGGUCCAGUACCAUACGAACUUGGAAAUUUGACAAAUCUAGUGAGCUUGGAUCUCUACCUAAAUAAUCUUUCAGGUCCCAUACCUGAUACAUUGGGAAAGCUUCAAAGAUUGCGGUUCUUGCGGCUGAACAACAACACCUUGUCUGGACAAAUACCUAGAACAUUAACUAAUAUUACGACAUUGCAAGUCCUUGAUUUAUCAUUCAACGAUCUGUCAGGAACUGUUCCUACCAAUGGAUCCUUUUCAAUGUUUACCCCUAUAAGUUUUAAUGGAAAUAAGAAUUUGGUAAUGCCACCAACACCUCCAUCUUCUCCAGUUCCAUCAGCACCUACUUCAAAUUCAGGUGCUAAUAGUGCCACUGGAGCCAUUGCUGGAGGAGUUGCUGCUGGUGCAGCGCUACUAUUUGCAGCGCCUGCAAUUGCCCUUGCAUGGUGGCGACGGAGGAAACCGCAGGAUCAUUUCUUUGAUGUGCCUGCUGAAGAAGAUCCAGAAGUUCAUCUGGGACAACUGAAAAGGUUCUCCCUGCGAGAAUUACAAGUUGCAUCUGAUAAUUUUAGCCACAAAAAUAUCCUCGGUCGAGGUGGAUUUGGAAAAGUUUACAAGGGGCGGUUGGCUGAUGGUUCUCUUGUGGCAGUCAAGAGACUCAAAGAGGAGCGCACUCAAGGUGGUGAACUCCAGUUUCAAACUGAAGUUGAAAUGAUUAGCAUGGCUGUCCAUCGAAAUUUGCUUCGUUUGCGUGGUUUUUGCAUGACACCCACGGAAAGAUUACUUGUAUAUCCAUAUAUGGCUAAUGGAAGUGUUGCAUCCUGUUUGAGAGAACGCCCUGAAACAGACCCACCACUGAGUUGGGAGAUCAGGAAGCGAAUUUCCUUGGGAGCUGCUAGAGGGCUUGCUUAUUUACAUGAUCAUUGUGAUCCUAAAAUUAUUCAUCGUGAUGUAAAAGCUGCUAACAUACUACUGGAUGAGGAGUAUGAAGCAGUUGUGGGAGACUUUGGGCUGGCAAAACUUAUGGACUACAAAGAUACUCAUGUUACUACAGCUGUACGUGGUACGAUUGGACACAUAGCGCCCGAGUAUCUCUCAACUGGAAAGUCAUCAGAGAAAACUGAUGUUUUUGGCUAUGGAGUUAUGCUUCUAGAGCUCAUCACUGGACAAAGGGCUUUUGAUCUUGCCCGGUUAGCCAAUGAUGACGAUGUUAUGUUGCUAGAUUGGGUAAAAGGGCUUCUUAAAGAGAAGAAACUGGAGACCUUAGUUGAUGGUGAUUUGCAGGGCAAUUAUGUUGAUGCUGAGGUUGAGCAGCUUAUUCAAGUUGCUUUGCUUUGCACACAGAGCUCUCCAACGGAACGACCUAAGAUGUCGGAGGUGGUCAGAAUGCUGGAAGGUGAUGGCUUGACUGAGAGGUGGGAGGAAUGGCAAAAGGAAGAGAUGUUUCGCCAAGAAAUCAAUCUCUCCCACCACCCUAAUACCGAAUGGAUCGUUGACUCUACUUCUAAUCUCCGGCCAGAUGAACUAUCUGGUCCAAGAUGAUAUCUUUUUAUUGGUUAAUAUUUGAAAUAUAUGUAAUUCCAAGUUUCUUAAAAGUUGUUUAUGUAUUGAAAAUUAAUAGUCGUCUCAUAUGUGAAUAUUUUCCCUAUUCUUACUCUCCCUUGUAUCAUCAUCUCCCCCCUUUUUCCAAUUUUCAUUUUGUAGUGUAUUCACAAUGACAGAUACAGAUACUUUGAUGUCCAUAUUUGGUCAAAAUGAUUGUGGGUUCUAGGAACUACAAGUAGCACAAUAUCAAGAAAGCGCCAUUGUGUAUUGAUUUUUACAUGUAGGCUGUAGCAAAUUAGUGAUUUUUACUGUAUCAAUGAAAAAGAUAUUGCUCCCUUUUAUGCUA